AUGGGACCUGGUGUGGGUAUGGGACAUGGUGCAGGUAUGGGACAUGGUGUGGGUAUGGGACCUGGUGUAGGACCCGGUGUAGGUAUGGGACCUGGUGUGGGUAUGGGACCUGGUGCAGGUAUGGGACAUGGUGUGGGUAUGGGACCUGGUGUAGGUAUGGCACGUGGUGUAGGUAUGACACGUGGUGUGGGUAUGGGACCUGGUGCAGGUAUGGGACCUGGUGUGGGUAUGGGACCUGGUGCAGGUAUGGGACCUGGUGUGGGUAUGGGACCUGGUGUAGGUAUGGCACGUGGUGUAGGUAUGACACGUGGUGUACGUAUGAGACCUGGUGCAGGUAUGGGACAUGGUGUGGGUAUGGGACCUGGUGUGGGUAUGGGACCUGGUGUAGGUAUGGCACAUGGUGUAGGUAUGGGACCUGGUGUGGGUAUGGGACCCGGUAUGGGACCUGGUGUGGGUAUGAGAUCUGGUGUGGGUAUGGGACCUGGUGUGGAUAUUGGACCUGGUGUGGGUAUGGGACCUGGUGUGGAUAUUGGACCCGGUGUAGGUAUGGGACCCGGUAUGGGUAUGGGACCUGGUGUGGGUAUGGGAUCUGGUGUGGGUAUGGGACCUGGUGUGGAUAUGGGACCUGGUGUGGGUAUGGGACCUGGUGUGGAUAUUGGACCCGGUGUAGGUAUGGGACCCGGUGUAGGUAUGGGACCCGGUGUGGGUUUGGGACCUGGUGUGGGUAUGGUACCCGGUGUGGGUAUGGGACCCGGUGUGGGUGUGGGACCUGAUGUGGGUAUGGAACAUGGUGUGGGUAUGGGACCUGGUGUGGGUAUGGAAUAUGGUGUGGGUAUGGGACCUGGUGUGGGUAUGGGACCUGGUGUGGGUAUGGGACCCGGUAUGGGUAUGGGACCUGGUGUGGGUAUGGGAUCUGGUGUGGGUAUGGGACCUGGUGUGGAUAUUGGACCUGGUGUGGGUAUGGGACCUGGUGUGGGUAUGGGACCUGGUGUGGGUAUGGGACCUGGUGUGGAUAUUGGACCCGGUGUAGGUAUGGGACCCGGUGUAGGUAUGGGACCUGGUGCAGGUAUGGGACCUGGUGUGGGUAUGGGACCCGGUGUGGGUAUGGGACCUGGUGUGGGUUUGGGACCUGGUGUGGGUAUGGUACCCGGUGUGGGUGUGGGACCCGGUGUGGGUGUGGGUGUGGGACCUGAUAUGGGCAUGGGACCUGGUGUGGGUUUGGGACCUGGUGUGGGUAUGGGAGCUGGUGUGGGUAUGGGACCCGGUGUGGGUAUGGGACCCGGUGUGGGUGUGGGACCUGGUGUGGGUGUGGGACCUGGUGUGGGUAUGGGACCUGGUGUGGGUAUGGGAUCUGGUGUGGGUAUGGGACCUGGUGUGGAUAUUGGACCUGGUGUGGGUAUGGGACCUGGUGUGGGUAUGGGACCUGGUGUGGGUAUGGGACCUGGUGUGGGUAUGGGACCUGGUGUGGAUAUUGGACCCGGUGUAGGUAUGGGACCCGGUGUAGGUAUGGGACCCGGUGCAGGUAUGGGACUUGGUGUGGGUAUGGGACCCGGUGUGGGUAUGGGACCUGGUGUGGGUUUGGGACCUGGUGUGGGUAUGGUACCCGGUGUGGGUAUGGGACCCGGUGUGGGUGUGGGACCUGAUGUGGGUAUGGAACAUGGUGUGGGUAUGGGACCUGGUGUGGGUUUGGGACCUGGUGUGGGUAUGGGACCCGGUAUGGGUAUGGGACCUGGUGUGGGUAUGGGAUCUGGUGUGGGUAUGGGACCUGGUGUGGAUAUUGGACCUGGUGUGGAUAUUGGACCUGGUGUGGAUAUUGGACCCGGUGUAGGUAUGGGACCUGGUGUGGGUAUGGGACCCGGUGUGGGUUUGGGACCUGGUGUGGGUAUGGUACCCGGUGUGGGUAUGGGACCCGGUGUGGGUGUGGGACCUGAUGUGGGCAUGGGACCUGGUGUGGGUAUGGGACCUGGUGUGGGUUUGGGACCUGGUGUGGGUAUGGGAGCUGGUGUGGGUAUGGGACCCGGUGUGGGUAUGGGACCCGGUGUGGGUGUGGGACCUGGUGUGGGUGUGGGACCCGGUGUGGGUAUGGGACCCGGUGUGGGUAUGGGACCUGGUGUGGGUAUGGGACCUGGUGUGGGUAUGGGACCUGGUGUGGGUAUGGGACCUGGCGUGGGUAUGGGAGCUGGUGUGGGUAUGGGACCUGGUGUGGGUAUGGGACCUGGUGUGGGUAUGGGACCUGGUGUGGGUGAGGAUGUGGGUAUGGCCAUAUGGGACCUGGUGAGGGUGUGGCAGGUAGUAUGGAUACGGGACCCAACAUUACUAGUACAGUCAGACCUCGCUUAA